AAUUUUUGAAUUGAAGUUUUGAUUUUGAUUUGGAUCGUGGAGGUAACAAAGCCAAGGAUCUUGUUACAAAACCAGAACUUUGUACCUGGUAGGCUAGUACAGCAUCAUCAGGAGUUUAAAAGAUAUAUAGAAUCACUCUGAGUCAUGGUAUCUUACCAAUCCGACGAUAUAGUUCUCGUGUACGCAAAGAGGACACCUAUAGGUACAUUCCGAGGUGGACUCAGCUCAAUAAAAGCUCAUGACCUGGCUGUUACUGUUAUUAAAAGUAUGUUAGAAGAAGUAAAAGAGGUAAAAGGUCAUGAAAUCUCUGAAGUGAUCUUGGGACAAGUUCUCACUGCAGGACAAGGGCAAAACCCUGCACGGCAAGCAGUAAUAGCAAGUGGUUUACCAACAUCUGUACCAGCAAGUACAGUGAACAUGGUAUGCGGUUCAGGCUUGAGAGCUGUUGCGAUGGCCAAGCAAGCUAUUCAAUCAGGAGAUUCCACCAUAGUUAUUGCUGGUGGGGAAGAGAACAUGAGCCAGGCACCGCAUUGCAUUGAUAUAAGACCUGGUAUAAAGUUUGGAGAUGCAACAAUGAAGGAUACUAUGUUGACUGAUGGUCUGACAGAUGCAUUCAACGAUUACCAUAUGGGAAUCACAGCUGAAAAUGUUGCAAAGCAAUGGGGAAUCACUAGAGUUCAGCAAGACCAGUUCGCUUUUAACUCUCAGAGGAAAACAGCUGAAGCAAUGAAGGAAAACACUUUUCAAAAUGAGAUAGUUCCUGUCAGCAUUGUAACAAGGAAAGGUACAACUGUGGUGACCAAGGAUGAGCAUCCAAGAGCGGACACAACUGUAGAAGGAUUGAAUGGUCUAAAACCAUGCUUCAUUAAAGAUGGUACUGGAACAGUCACAGCUGGUAAUGCAUCUGGCAUCAAUGAUGGUGCAGCUGUGGUUAUGGUGAUGACACACAAGGAGGCAACCAGCCGUGGCAUCACGCCAUUGGUUAAGAUUGUAACAUGGGCACAAGCUGGUGUUGAUCCAUCAGUCAUGGGGACAGGCCCAAUCCCAGCUAUCAAAGCUGCUCUUUCCAAAGCAGGCUGGUUAAAAGACGAAGUUGAUCUUUUUGAAUUGAAUGAAGCAUUUGCCUCACAGUCAUGUGCCAUCCUCAAAGAAAUUGACAUUGACCACAAGAAGGUGAAUAUUAAUGGUGGAGCAAUAGCACUUGGUCAUCCUCUUGGAGCCUCAGGAUGUCGCAUAUUGGUCACUUUAAUACAUUCAUUGAUUAGAACAAACAAAAGACGGGGUGUGGCCGCAUUAUGUAUUGGUGGAGGCAUGGGUAUUGCAAUGUGUGUAGAAAGAUUUUAAAAUAAAUAUUGACUAAAGACACAACUGAUCUAAUUACUUUAUCCUUAUUUACAUAAUCCUCACCCUCAAUCUAGUCUCUGUUAAUCUGGCUGUUCUCUUCAUCUUUUCAUUUAAUCAUUAUAUAUUUUUAGUUUCCAAAACAUUUAAUGAUUUUACAAAUUUGAGAUAUAUGAAAAAUUGUCAAUCUCAUUUUAUUUUAAUAGAUUAAUCAUGCUUGCAAAUUGUAUCUCUGUCAUAUACUUUACAUAUAUAUAUUACACAAAAUAAAUUCAUUUUG